AUGAAGUGUACUUUUAAUCCGGCUGAUGUAUUGCGAUAUGGACCUCAAGCUAUGCCUGCGGAAGUGCGGGAAGGACGCGGCAAGAACCUACAAAAGUUGAAGCAUGAGCCCGCUGAACGUGAAUCUCAUACUGGAUCGAGCCUUCUAAGCUAUUUCCUACGCGUACCGACAGAACUGCUUCUGAAUAAUGAUGACACACUUGACUACGCAGACUCAACAGAGGAUGUCGAUGGCGAGUAUGGAGAAAGUUUAUACGAGGUAGAGGCUGAUGCAGAAACGGCGUUCAGCGAGCAUUUCCGAAGGCAUUUCAAGCCGGAAGAUGCAUUUCGCUAUGAAUAUCGGGUGGAGUACUCAUUGUUGUAUGGCAUCUUGCGCCUUCCGGUUUCUUUUCGUCACAAGCACAAUAUUACAACGCUAUGGGCUAGGGUUGAUGCUGAUUCGGAAUGCUUCGGUGAUACUUUUUCUCGCCGCGUCAUGCGGGCUGUAGUUGGGUUUGAAGACGUUGUAAUGGCGAGUCUGCGUGCUCUCGCACAAAAUUCGUCUGAGGAUGAUGCUGCUGGGCUUGGAUAUCUUCAUGAUUUGUCCACUAAUGAACAUUUCCAUUUCGUUUCAUUCAUGAUGUCCAAGACCAGCUACAUUACUGCAGCAAUCGUAAUGCUGAUAUUCACAUUCGCCAUAUCAAUGCUGCUUCGAUUCUCACAUCACCAAAUUUUCUUAUUCAUAGUUGAUUUAUUGCAUAUGUUCGAGCUCAAUCAGCCCCUCGUUUUUCCAGCGGCACCUUUGCUCACAGUCAUAUUAGCUUUAGUU